AUGAAAUUUGAAAAAUCCGGGUACAUAAUUGAAGUUCUAUCAGUACCUUAUGUUAAACCUAAAAAAGAUGCAGUUGAUAAAGUUAGAAAUUUAUUAGUUUCGAAAUCACCAAAACAUUUUAAAAUAAAUCAUGAAACUUUAAACAGUUUUUUUGAAGAUAAGAAAUAUAAUAAGUUACUUAGUGUUUACGAAGAAUUCCCCAAACCUUUGAAAGAACUUACAUUAAACCAUAAAUGUAUUGCAAUGAGAUGGAGAAGAGUUAAUGAAUCAGAAAACUCAUUACCAAUGAAAAUAUGUCAAGUUGAACUUUAUUCAGUACCUGGGCCAUAUGGUUUUAAGGAUGGUUUGAUCAAAAUAUUAUCAGAUUUAAUCGAAAAUUUCCAAAGUGAUAUACCUACUUUUUUAAAUACUGAAGUAUUUGGUAAUGGAUUAGAUAUGAUCAAAGAAAAUAAGAUAUUAAUGAAUCUUUUCCAAUAUGAAAGCCCAGGUGAUCCGUUACCCUUGAGAAUCAUUUUAGAGAGUUUACUCACUUACUUUAUGUCAAAUGAAUAUGAAACUCGUGGUUCAUCAUAUAAUCAUGGUUCAUCAUAUAAUCAUAUAGUGAAAGCAUAUGAAUUCAAUCAUCAAGAUCAACUCAAGUUUAUGGUAAUAUGGGGUGAAAAGCUAACCAAAAAGACUUCUAAGCUUAUGUUGGAACAAUUGAAUUAUAUAAUUACAAAUGAUGCAUUAUCUGAAACUCCAAAUGAUAGUAUAAUUGCAUUGAUUCCUGGUUAUCUGAAUUAUAAUAUUUCAGGUAAUAAUGAAGAACUUCCACCAAGUUAUGGUUCAAGUGUUGGGUAA